GGCCUAGUCCUAAUUGGUAACGGAAUUUUCUUCGAUUUCAUCACUAGAGCGCUGCAGAUCUUGCAGUUUUUUAGCGGAGGGUGUGCGGGGCCCUGCACAAGAUGAACAUAAUUUGUGUGAAAAGAAUUUUGGAAUUAUUAUGCUGACUCCAGUAUUUUCUGCAGAUAUUCACAGCUUUUUUAACGUUGAAGAUCGGAUUUUUUUGUCAUCAAGCCGUUAAGAAACGUUUUUCUCUGUAUAUCCUCUUCGUGCCAUUUCUUAUUUAUUUAUCAAAUGUAUGUUCAAAAUUAGAAUAUGUAAAGAAAUUUUUUUCCUAUAAACCACACUAAUACCACCUGUCGGCCAGAUCAUUCUUUCCAUCGUAUGUCUAACCAAAGCUUAAAGGCAAUUUCUCUUACAAUCUUCUUUUGAUAAUGUAACCAAUAGUAAAUGCUUGUGUCAACCAGUAUGGAUCUGGUUGUAGAGCUUCUGAUUAUCUGUUUUUCAUUGCCUUGCGAAUUCUUACUCUUAUCUGCACAAGUGUUUCAUCACAUUUCCCUUUGUAUGAUUAUUUUUGCACAAAUUUUAUCGCUUUCGUGAGAAUGUUUUUGCAGAUUUCCUGUCUCCUCGUAACUCUCUCAAGCAAUUUUCCCUUUCCAGAACACUCCUAAAGCUUUUUAAAAUGUUAGCUUCCCUUACAACAACAUUACUGGUGUUGUUUCGCAGCCAAUAACUGCGUGAACAGCCGGUAGAUUUUUGGAACUAUCUAAACCCAGGUAAGAUAUGACGUUCCAAAAUUAACCUACUUCUCGUUGUCAAUCUUUAAGGAAUAUUUCCUUGAAGGCUUUUCACACAAUAAGCAGAAAACUUCAUUAGUGUCCUUUCGACAACUAAUAAAUUUUAUCGAUGAGGAAAGAAUGGAAUAUCAAGUAGAUGUCAGCCUCUUCAUAGCUGCAAUUAAGCAAGUAUGUCGUGGAAUCUUUGAUUAUCUUUAAGGUUUGUUAUUUAUUGGUAAACAUGAGUGCUUUCAAAGUUAACUGCUUUCCUUCUUAGCCCUGGUAGAGCCUUGAACUAGCUUUAGAAAGUAAGUUUGAUACAACAAGAACCAGACCAGAUCAUACAAAAUGUUCUUGACAAGUUAUCAAGUAGGAACCGAGUUUUUGCAAUGGGUUAUCACAGAGAUAAAGUGUUAUACCCGCACUAAACCUAUCUUAUAUUCUAUUUCAAGGUUUUUUUUGCUGUUAGUGAUGCUUGGCAGACCUGCAUUACAAAGAUCAAGAUAAUCCAAAGGCUUUACCAGGGCUAAGAAUUAAAGCAGUUAAUUUUGAAAGCACUCGUGUUUACCAAUAAAGAACAAACCUUAAAGAUAAUCAAAGAUUCCACGACAUACUUGCUUAAUUGCAGUUAUGAAGAGGCUGACAUCCACUUGAUAUUCCAUUCUUUCCUCAUCGAUAAAAUUUAUUAGUUGUCGAAAGGACACUAAUGUAGUUUUCUGCUUAUUGUGUGAAAAGCCUUCAAGGAAAUAUUCCUUAAAGAUUGACAACGAGAAGUAGGUUAAUUUUGGAACGUCAUAUCUUACCUGGGUUUAGAUAGUUCCAAAAAUCUACCGGCUGUUCACGCAGUUAUUGGCUGCGAAACAACACCAGUAAUGUUGUUGUAAGGGAAGCUAACAUUUUAAAAAGCUUUAGGAGUGUUCUGGAAAGGGAAAAUUGCUCGAGAGAGUUACGAUGAGACAGGAAAUCUGCAAAGACAUUCUCACGAAAGCGAUAAAAUUUGUGCAAAAAUAAUCAUACAAAGGGAAAUGUGAUGAAACACUUGUGCAGAUAAGAGUAAGAAUUCGCAAGGCAAUGAAAAACAGAUAAUCAGAAGCUCUACAACCAGAUCCAUACUGGUUGACACAAGCAUUUACUAUUGGUUACAUUAUCAAAAGAAGAUUGUAAGAGAAAUUGCCUUUAAGCUUUGGUUAGACAUACGAUGGAAAGAAUGAUCUGGCCUACAGGUGGUAUUAGUGUGGUUUAUAGGAAAAAAAUUUCUUUACAUAUUCUAAUUUUGAACAUACAUUUGAUAAAUAAAUAAGAAAUGGCACGAAGAGGAUAUACAGAGAAAAACGUUUCUUAACGGCUUGAUGACAAAAAUAUCCGAUCUUCAACGUUAAAAAAGCUGUGAAUAUCUGCAGAAAAUACUGGAGUCAGCAUAAUAAUUCCAAAAUUCUUUUCACACAAAUUAUGUUCAUCUUGUGCAGGGCCCCGCACACCCUCCGCUAAAAAACUGCAAGAUCUGCAGCGCUCUAGUGAUGAAAUCGAAGAAAAUUCCGUAACCAAUGAGGACUAGGCCAUGGGAAAAAUUAUGGUGAGGUGAUCAGCUUAAAGCAGACGAUGAUGAGUGGAACUACAUUUUCUUCUGGAGUUCCAGCAAAGGAGACAGUGAUGAAGGAUAAAUGGAUCCAUAUCAAUUUCUGUACAACGAAAUUUUAAUUUUGAAUGACUUUUUUAACUAGCUAAAGAUUUUUAGGCAUCCUUUCACGCGUUAUUCUAUUAUCCUUAAAAGGCGAUGACGUCAUAAAAUGAUGAUGGCGUCAUGAAAGAACGUUUAAAAGUAAGUAUAAUAGAAAUUCAAUACAUCUUUAAAAGCACUGAAUGUGUGCAAUUCGAAUAUGGAACAUAUUUGACAAUGAUAGUUGCGAGAAAACAAUUAAAAAGGUUCAAAGUGAAUUUUCUCCAAGUUGAUGACGUCAUCACAAAAUUUGACUUACGUUCUAGAUAUUUUUCAUUUCAUCUCAGAUUUGAAAUCUGCAUAGUUAAUUUAGUGGAAAAAUGCAAAAAAAGUUGAGUUCGAGUCCUUGGCCGAUUUUUAAAGAUUUUUGAUCAUUUUUUUGAUGACGUCAUCAAAAACAGUAACUUCCAGUGAUAAUUUUUUUUGGCCCAUCUUGGAUUUGGAAUCUCCAUGGUCGAUUUAGUAAGAAUGUGAAAUAAAAUUUGAGGUUAGGCAGUUUGCUAGUUUUUUCUACAAAAUUCCCUGUCUAUACUUUAUAUGGGCUGUUUGUACAAUAUUAUUUAUUUGUAUACCCUUACCUCUAUAUCCUAAAUAAAGAUAUACAGAUGGCUUAUUUGGACGUACAGGACGUAGCCAUUGUUUAACCGUUUAACGUAUACGUGUACAAGUGCUCUUACAGAAUAGGGCCAGAGAUCUAUUAGGUUAAAUUAAUACAGAUAUCCAUUGUUUUGUGGUCCAAACGUAUUUCAAGGGCUCUUGACGAACAAGAAAAUCUAGCUGACCACUCGCCGAUUCGCUUUUCAACUUUGUUUUACAAUUUCGGGAGUUUUCUCAGGUUCACAUCGACCUGACAAGGGUGCUUAAAAGGGGAAUGGUAAUUACAGAAACAGCAUUUGCUUUGUGUCACUCACAAUUCUUGAAGGAGGUCAGAUAAACAAAAGGCACGUCUGGACAAAAUAUCGGGUCGAUACGAAAACGAAUAAAAAUGAAUACGGAGCAAUGUGAACAUAGCCCGCAAAACCUGUCAACUGGGGAGACGAGUCUAAAUUGUUUGAGCUAUUAUUCAAUCCAAUUGUCUUAACUAAUAAGAAAGGGCAUUCGCAGGGUGAAAUCAUCAUUUGAGCAUAUGCAUUCACAGCAUUUAAUCAAAACUUUAAAUCAUAGAGCUUGCAGGUACAUUCGAGCAAAUGCUGGUCCUUAUCUCCAAUGAGAGUAUCCAUUGCUUUCGAGAUAUUGAAAUCAUUUUGCAAAGAACCGGAUGCAGGUGUCUUUAUGACGUCAGCUAAAUGAAAUUAGCGCGCUUUUCUGUUUGAUGUUUGAUUUGCAUAACCUUCUGCUUGGAUUAUUAUGCGGUGUAAUUAAGGUGCUCCCUUUACACGUUAUCCAAAAUAUUUGCAAUAAAAUUCACAGCAAUGGCUUUAAAGUGAACGCACUAAAUGGAAAGUUUGCGCAGCUGAUAAUUACGAAACACAGAAUUUCUUAAAUUAACAACGUAUUUGCAUCAGAUUAGAGAAUACCCUGAGCAAAACUUGUCUGGAUCCAGAUUAUCAAAGACAUUUGCUUGUCUUUCCUCUAUCAGUGAUAAACUGAAUUCAACAACAAGACGUAGUAGCGUAUAAUUUGUGAUAAAUGAGAUAAAUGGAUUGCAUCCACGACGACGUAAACUGUACCUGGCCAAAAGAAGAAAUUUGGAGACUUUCGAUAGUGAAUCUGACAAUAUUUUUUAUUUUGGAUGGCAUCAUUGAACUGCUUGCCCUUGUUGCAAAUUCUAGCUUCUUAUUCAUACUAGUGAAACAGAAGUCUCUCCAUUCUCCAUCGAACAUGUUGCUAGGAGCUUUAUGUGUAGCAGAUCUUGCUAUUAGCUUGGUUCUCCAGCCCGUUUUCCUGACACAUCUUUCGCUAUUUUUCACUGGAGGAGAAGUUAAUCAAACCAUCCAAGAUGUGCUCGAUUUGCUAUUCGACGUAUUUUUCGGUUUGUCAUUUACUUUCAUCAUUUUGAUAAGCCUAGAUCGAUACAUCGCCAUUUGUCAUCCGUUCAAGUACCAGGCCUUGGCCACAUGCAAGUCUCAUUUGCUUAUUUCGUUUGCAUGUGGAGUAGUUAUUUCAGGAUUAUUCAGCCUUGACUACUGCUUGUCAAUAAAGAGUCAAGAGUCUUUGAUGAAAGAUCACAUUACCUCUACACUAAGGGUCGUCCACUAUGUCAUUCCUGCCACCGUUAUAAUUUUCUGUUAUUGUAAGAUUUAUUUGGUCAUCAGGGCGCAAAGUAAGCGUCAAAUUUCGAUUGGUACUAUCAAAGAUUCUGAGAAAAUUGAAAUUUCGAAAAAAAGAAGCGAGAGACGAAAGACUGGAACCAUAGCUUUGAUUUUAGUCUGUUUCUUUGCAUGUUACGCACCAAAUUUCAUUUUGGUUCUGAUCAUUUUGCUUGGUACUGUUAAUAUGGACACAAACACUAUGGAGACUGCAUGGCUCUGGACAAGCUUCACAUUAUUCUUGACAAGUCUUCUAAACCCGAUUGUAUACUAUUUAAGGAGCAGAGAAAUAAGGCAGGCAGCAAGAAAACUUUGCAAAAGAUCAUCGCCAGUCAAUUCAGCUACUUAAGUUUGAAAUACUUCGUCAACCCAUGCUUCCAAUUUCAGAGGAACUUGGUUACGGCAUCAAAACAAGCUGUUUAACGAAGUAAAUGUAAACAUUGUAGAGAUAUACCAUGGAACUCCGAGGCUGAGAGUAGCUAAAAGUUUAGCUGCGUUCAAGGGCAGACUUUGUUUUGGGAAUUGUCUUGCUUCAGGAUUUGGACAGGUGACGAGUUCCAAGGGAGGCAGUCUUCUUGAGCGAACAUCCUUUGAAACGUACGUCCUCAAUCAUCGUUAGCUAAGAGAAGAAAAUUGCAGUUGCAUCAAGAAAAAAGUUUGGUCACGCAAAGAUAGAUUCGUCACUUGUUCCAGUCAAUGAUGAUGGCGUGGAGGCCGUUGCGUUUAUGAGCUUCCACAACGCAUUGAAGUCAGCCGAAUGUAAUUGUCAAGAAAUGCGGAAAAGAACACAUUACAAGAUGUUUACCUACCAAGAAUACGAUUCAUUUCAACUUUCGUAUGAAGAAAAUUCUGAUAAAUUUCUGUCAUUAACCAUAAACAAUAUUUCUUAAAAAAAUCGAAUUAUUAACGCCAAGUCUUAUAUGCACACACUUUUUUUAAAAACAUUUCUGUACUUUGCUAGGUAUACCACGAUACACUCCGUGCUUUGGGUAUGAAAAUAGAAUGGUACGGUAAAGUUGUAUUUAACGAAUAUAUUCAAUUAAGACGAUUGACAAUAUAGACGAUUGACAAUUAUCAAAAUUUUACUGCGCUUUCUUAAGAGCCCUAUUACGUAUUAAGAGUCAUGUUAUCACCCAAAUAUUUCGGAAACAUUGCAGCCACACUAUUUUCUACCGUAUACAGCAUAGUGCACUCGAAACAGAGCAAGGAAAGACAUAUUCAAAAGAAGUCAUCUCAAGAACUGGUGAAGAAGGGUGAAAUUGUUUAAGGAUCGUAAUAUGCAGGAAAAAGUUGUGAAUGCCUAAAGUUAUCUGCUGCCCAAUGUAAUCUACAGAGUGCCUUGCAGGCCUGCUCUAUCUGUAUUCUAAUUUAAAUGCUAGAGCAGAUCAUUAAAAGAAGUAUUGCGUUAUUAUUUAGCCUAUGAAAUCUCCCCGAAAGUUUUUUUCUGUAAAGAAAUAUUACAAAUUGUACUGUUUUUCUUCGAAAUAGUUUCUGUGAAAUAACUAUGGUAAAACGUUUUCCGCGUCAUAGGACGUUCUACUUUGGAACCCACCUAGCUUACUCUAUAUUACAAUUAGCUAUGAAUUACCAACGGCUCAUGCCAACUUCUCUAAUAAAAUUCUCUCUUUAGCCCUGGUACUUGUUCCCUUCAAGAGUUGUUCAUCAAUAAGAAUUCUGGUUACCUUAAACGUAUUACGUAUUUCGUACAGCAAUUUAUAUAUUAGUGGUUAAAAGCUAAAAUGUUUAAACGUAAGACAUUUUUCUGUCCAUUGGUUUGUGCCCUUAUUCUUGGAGCUGCACUAGAUACAGAUCAAGUACGUCUUCAUCAAACUCACUUAAUUCAAACUUUUGCCCAUUUUGUUUUCAAGUCCUUCAAAAAUCUCCAAAUACACCCCUGCAAAAAUCCUUUAACUUUUUGAUUCGGCCAAUUCUGUAGGGCCUCUGAGGAAAACAACCUCUCUUUCUACUUCGUAUAUUCUUCGAAAUUAGAAAAAAGGUGGUGAGUAUUUUAUUUUAUUAAUUCUCCUAAUAUUGAAGCUAUUGGGUUUUUUGGUAGUUAUUCAAGUCACUUAAGUCAAUACAUAUUGGGGAGAUUUUCGUCAAGUUUGGUAAUUUGCCGGCUAAGGACAAAUAGAUGGCAAAUAACACCUCGCUUUGCAAUGGAAUCUUUUCAAGGGUGUGUCAUACCCCACAUGUCCACGAUGUUCCCCUAUGGCGACAGGCCUGGAUUCUAUGGGGGUUGCUUACUGGCUUGAGAAGUGUUUUUAGGUAUCUCUAUAAAGUUUUUAUCGAUCUUAAACAUGAUGACGACACGAGACUUUUUCAACCUUCAACCAAACACCUAACCCUUAGUUUUCAGUUACUUUGGUCCAAAUGUCUUGAAUCAAAUCAUCCACAAAUUUAUAUGAAUUCAAAACUCAUAUUGAAAAUUUGUUUCUUGGCAUCACAAGUGCUGCUGCACACCGCUGCUCC